ACCUUGAUGCAGAAGUUUCCCGGGUGGGAUGGGGACUUUCUCGGAGGAUUCAGACUUGGAGUUAAGCUGCAUGCAAAUGGCAUGUAAAUAGAAUGCAAAUCGGCUCUGCGGGUUGGGAGCCUCCGCCAGGCCAGUUUUGUGUCGAGACUGGAGUGAACGGUUUCCUCUUUGGCCCCUGCGCUCCGUCUGAAAAGGGGUCGGCUGAGUUGGGAGGGAGUCGCCAUUUGGGACACAGGCAGCAAGACAAGCGGUCUGUUAGAAAAAGCAGCUCAAAAUCUUUAUUGCUUAAUUUGUGACUGCAGUAAAUGUGCCAGCUACAGAACUGGGGCUGGGGCACUGCGGUGUGAAAAAUGGACAAGCCCCUGCUCUCAGGGCACUGGGAGGUGGGCAAACAGACACUAAGGAAGGAAAUAAAUGAGAGAAACAUGAGAGCCCACGAGGUGGUCGCCUUCCUCCUGCUCUUCGUGAUUGCCUCCGGGGCCUCUGAGAACGCCAGCACGUCCCGGGGCUGCGGGUUGGACCUCCUCCCUCAGUACGUGUCCCUGUGCGACCUGGACACCAUCUGGGGCAUCGUGGUGGAGGCAGUGGCCGGGGCGGGUGCCUUGAUCACGCUGCUCCUGAUGCUCAUCCUGCUGGUGCGGCUGCCGUUCAUCAAGGACAAGGAGAAGAAGGACCCCGUGGGCCUCCACUUCCUCUUCCUCCUGGGGACCCUGGGCCUCUUCGGACUGACGUUCGCCUUCAUCAUCCGGGAGGAUGAGACUAUCUGCUCCGUGCGCCGGUUCCUGUGGGGCGUCCUCUUCGCGCUCUGCUUCUCCUGCCUGCUGAGCCAGGCAUGGCGCGUGCGGAGGCUGGUGCGCCACGGCAAGAGCCCGUCGGGCUGGCAGCUGGUGGGCGUGGCGCUGUGCUUGAUGCUGGUGCAGGUCAUCAUUGCCAUCGAGUGGCUGGUGCUCACCGUGCUGCGCGACGAGAAGCCGGCCUGCGCCUACGAGCCCAUGGACUUCGUGAUGGCCCUCACCUACGACAUGGUACUGCUUGUGGCCACCCUGGGGCUGGCCCUCUUCACGCUGUGCGGCAAGUUCAAGAAGUGGAAGCAGAACGGGGUGUGCAUCCUGGUCACUGCCUUCCUCUCCGUGCUCAUCUGGGUGGCCUGGAUGACCAUGUACCUCUUCGGCAAUGCCGAGCUGCGGCAGGGGGAUGCCUGGGGCGACCCCACCCUGGCCAUCACGCUGGUGGCCAGCGGCUGGGUCUUCGUCAUCUUCCACGCCAUCCCCGAGAUCCACUGCGCCAUCCUGCCUACCCCGCAGGAGAACACGCCCAACUACUUCGACACGUCGCAGCCCAGGAUGCGGGAGACGGCCUUCGAGGAGGACGUGCAGCUGCCGCGCACCUACAUGGAGAAUAAGGCCUUCUCGAUGGAUGAGCACAACGCAGCUCUCCGCACGGCAGGAUUUCGCAACGGCAGCUUGGGAAACAGACCCAGCGCUCCAUUUAGAAGCAACGUGUAUCAGCCGACUGAGAUGGCCGUUGUGCUCAAUGGCGGGACUAUCCCAACUGCUCCGCCAACUUACACUGGAAGACACCUCUGGUGAAAGACUUUAAGUUCCAGAGAGUAAGAAUCUCUCUUCCCGAUUUUAUUCCCUGGCUGUGUCUUUCUUGAGGGAGAAGUCAGUAACAGUAGCUGCACAAGGCCGCCUUGCAGCCAGGAGAUUUGGAAAUCCUAGACGAGGGGAUUUCCUGUAAAUGUGAACACUGCUGAACCGAAAGGCUAACACCGACUGCCCUCCCCUCCCCCGCCACACACACACACACACACACACACCC